AGGGAAAUGCCGGUUCUCGGCUGCACUUUCCUCACGCUGUCAGAUCGUGAGGAAAGUACUGCCGAGAACCGGCAGUUGUCAGAGCGGGGAUCGGCACCGAUCAUCAGGGCACUGAUGAUCAGUGCCCUGAUGAUCGGUGCCCAGCAGUGCCACCCGCAAGUUCCACCCACCUGUGCCCAGCAAUCACCCACCUGUGCCCAGCAGUGCACCCACCUGUGCCACUCUGCAGUGCCACCUACCUGUGCCCAGAAGUGCCACCUACCUGUGCCCAGCAGUGCCACCCACCUGUGCCCACCAGUGCCACCCACCUGUGCCCACCCACCAGUGCUGCCCACCAGUGCC